AUGUACCAAGCACUGGAAGGAAGUCUAGACACUUCGUCUUUAAAGGGUGGGCAGGAUGAAAGUGACGACUCAGCCAGCAUCAAGGGGCUCGAAGAAGACUACUUCCCCUCGCAUGGCAGGCUGGACAGGUCCCCUCAGUCAACCCCAAUGCGUUGUCACAUGUCGUGGCUGACAUAUAUGAUUGUUUCUAUGGUCUGGGUCAUCACAAUAGCUGUCGCAAUCUGUUUUCCGAGACAGAAGCGCCCGAACUGCGAUGGUCUCGCUGGUGUUUUUGACACCGAGCUAGGCCCAAUAAAACCUGCCAUUGAGAUUCAAAAGGUACGCUUCCUCGGAAAUCUGGAAUUUGCCGAGAACGACACUCUCAAGAAGAUAUUCUGGGAUUCUGAUACUCCGAGAUAUACCGGUGAACCGAGUGACGAGCUGGAUGCUCGCUGGAGUAGCUUACUUAAGACUGUGUCUGUAAGUCUACGCGGAAUUGAGGCUGAGACCAUGCGAGGAAAAACCUAUCAGGAGCCUGGGGGAGGUUUUCUCGUAGGCAUUGAAGUUUUUCAUGAGCUGCACUGCUUAAACCAAAUCCGCCGCGGUUUACGCCGGGACUAUUAUACCAAGCACGCACCAGAGCCUGACUAUACAACGCACAUAGAUCACUGCCUCGAUCACCUCCGACAAGCCGUUAUGUGCAAUGUGGACGUUACCCUGAUCCCCUUCUUUUGGGAUGAGAAGCAUAACACUUCUCUGCCUGACUUCCAAGUUGAGCACACUUGCCGGAACUUUUGGAAGGUGAGAGACUGGGCCAUUGAGCGCGCCACAUAG